CUGCUAGGAGGCAGCUCGUGCUCCGCCGGCCGCCGAUUGGCGCUGCUCUCUGAUGACCUCACCGUGCGCCGGCCGCUGAUUGGCCGAGCCAGCUGUGACGUCAGCAGUGGGCGGCAAGGUGGCCGUUAUAGCCGUGCGAUCGUCGCGUCGAGGUCGACUCUGGCCGCGAUGGCGACGGGUCCGCGCUGCCGGGACCACCGCCGGGCGCUGCCGCCGCCGCCGCCGCCGCCGCCGCUGCUGCUCCUCGUGGCGGGGAUGGCGCUCCUGGCGGCAGCUGCGCGGCCGGUCGCCGGGCGGCCGCCCCUGCUGGCCGACCUGGCCAGUGACGCGACUCCCUGCCAGCCGCGGCCAGACUUCUCGUUCAGCGUGAUGCAGCGUGACGGGGCGGGCCGCGCCUGCUGGGACCAGAUCCGGGUCAUGACCUGCUGGGGUCACUGCAGGUCACACGAGGUGCCCGACUGGCGGUUCCCGUACAAGCGCUCCCACCACCCAGUCUGCAUCCACGACCGGAACGCCACGCGCUCUGUCACGCUGACCCACUGUGACCCGGGCGUGGCCGAGGGCACGGCCGACUACCAGUACGUGGACGCCGUCUCGUGCAAGUGCGCCGUCUGCGACUCGUCCAGAGCCAGCUGCGAGGGUGCCAAGUUCAGGAGCACGCGCAGCUGGAGACCUGCCUCGUAGACGGUGGCAGUGAGCAGACAGGGGCUAAACAGUAGCCAAGGGGAGAGAUGCGAUGGACCAGGAAAGACUUUGAUAGAAAUUGACAACCGAAGAUAUCGAUGGCUCGAAUCAGGCCGCAAAAGAAGAUGGCUUUCUAUGAUGAACUGAUUCCAUUUUCAGACGAUAGAAUGUAAAAAAUGAAUAACACAUAAAUGA